AUGCGUGUUUCAGUUGGUCAGUCAAUGGGGCAUUCUGUAACUGUUGACUGGUACCUCUUCGUAAGAUUUCAAAUGUGUCAACAUGGAGUAGUUGCUGCUGAGAUACAUCCUAUGAGAUGUCCAAUACGUCUACUGGUCAACAUGACCAAACUGAAGCAGAAACUAUAUGCUUCAACAAUUUCUAAUGAAGGAAUUGUCAACCGCGAUCGUUUACGUCUUUUCAUACGUGCAGGUAAUGGAGGACAAGGAUUGCAACGAUUUAAUGGCACUGGAGGAAAUGGUGGAGACGUGAUUAUGGUUGCCGAUUCGAAGAUGACUUUUGAAGCGAUGCUGAAGAAUGCUAAACAUUAUGUGUUGAAGGUACAAGCUCAAAGUGGUAUGAAUUCAUCGCAUACUUCACUUAUUGGUGUCAAUGGAAAGUCAAAAAUUCUUAAGGUACCGUUAGGUGUCGAUGUAGUAAAUGCGGAAACUAAAUUAUUGAUAGCACGUUGUUCACGACCGUUUUUCAAUUACAUAAUAGCACGUGGUGGUCAUGGAGGUUGCGCCGAAAAUUGCUUUCAAGCAACUGCUGGUGAGCGAUUUUUCGCGGAUCUGCAUCUUAAACUUCAUCCGAACAUCGGUCUGGUUGGUUUCCCGAAUGCAGGAAAAUCGACAGUUAUGAAGGCAUUAAUACCUAAAAAAAGCAUCAAAAUAGCCAAUUAUCCAUUUACAACACUGAAACCUCAGAUUGGUUACAUUAAUGAUUUUGGAUCGGAGUUAGAAUCAGCUGAUGAUAACGACGAUUCGUUCAGUUUAUCAAUCGCCGAUCUACCAGGAUUGAUAGAGGGAGCAGCACUGAAUCGUGGGAGAGGUCGAGAAUUCCUGAAGCAUCUAGAGUUCAGCGAUAUAUUACUGAUGGUUGUUGAUGUUCUUGGCUUUAAACUUGAUUUAUCCAUGAGUAAUCCAUACCGCAAUGCCCUGGAAACUAUUGCACUUUUGAAUAUUGAGUUAGAAAAGUAUGAUCCAGCUUUAGCGAUGAAGCCAACGAUUAUUACGCUGAACAAAAUUGAUUUGCCUAAUGGUGAGCAAAAGGCCAAGGAAUUAGUUUCAAUUUUAAAAAAGAAAAAUUGGACAGAAGCGGUACCAGAAGAAAUGCGACCCGCACGACCAUUAUCUGUAAAAGCAGUAAUACCAAUUGCAGCGAAGGAUGGCCGUUUAGGCGAUCUGAAAAAUCAGAUGAAAUUUCUCUAUGCAAAAAUGCAUCCUUUAUCAGCACCAAAUUUCAGUUCCGUUAAAAAAACUAUACUUGUAUGA